GUGCAUGCACUGGCAUCGUUCAAAUACCAGAACCUUGGCGGCCGUCGCUGUCGUCGUUCACGCCCAGCACAAGUGCAUCUCUGGAGCGCGUAUCAGAUCAACCACCGACAUUCGUAGGCCCGACUGGAACACACAGUACCGAGACCGCCCACGAAAACAUGUGUAUAUAUUACCAGACUGAUCAUGACUUACGGCCAUGGCACUAAGGGGCUGUUCAAUAGCCUUUGAGCCACAUAUAAAAACACAGGCGUAUGGGAAAUCCACAAGCGGAGAUGGUUAGUGAACUGAAGUACAGACCGAACGUCUGUACUUCGGUCUGUACUUCUACCAAACUCCGACUGAGAACGUACUGUACCUCGCGAGGUGCAUUGCGACAACCUGCAAAUUCGAGUGCAACGUACAGACCUUUUCACUGCGAUCGUCUGAACUUCAGAUCCUCUGUAGUCCACAACGCCCGGAGGCUACUGAACAGCCCCUAAAGACAAGCUUGAUAUGAAACUCUAC